GCUCAUUGCCGUCUAGCUCUGACGGUGCACGCACGGCGCACGCAUGCCUCUAGCGUUGUCAUUUCUGAACACGCAGUCAGGUGUCGCGCCUCUUUCGCGUUUACCGACGACGCCCGGAUUUUCCCACGUCCACGUCGCACCGGUAUUUGAUCUUUUUUUCUUUUUUUACACGCACGUUUGGAGAAAGGUGACGUUGUGUGUGGGCGGGGUGGAGAGCAGCGUGCUUGGUGUGCGAAAGAGAAAUUCACAAACCAGUCCGGUCCAUCACGCGGUCCAGUGGAAUAUUUCCCUCCAGAGGUUGCUCAAUAUUUGGUUAAUGUAGCUGUCACUACUCUGUCGUGGAAAGGAUUAGAGUGGCUUAUUGCGAUGACGAGAAGUUUCUAACUCCCGCUCAGGCCGCCUGUCAAAGAGAGAACGCCCAGUGCUCUACAGCAUCUCGCGCUGAAGUGCGCUCUUCACCGAACAUUAUAGUUACCGCCGUGGAGGAAAACGGUAGAACCUAUCCACCGGAGAGCAACAUCUCAUUAAAUAGAGUAUUAAGGUGACAGGCCGUGGAACAUCAUUUAAAGACUGGGGAGCCCAGAGUGAAGGGAUGUAGAGGAGGAGGAUGAUGAUGAUGAAGGUGUGCUGGGUUGUCCCCGUGAGGAGGAAGAGCAUCGCCUGACUCUCCUCCACCUCCUCCAAUCGCUCCGGCGCCAGGACGAUGUCAUCGACCCCAAACCCUUCGGCCCCGCCCCUUAAGAAGGGAAGGAAACCGGAGGCGAUGGCGGACUCAGCCCAGACAGCCAAUGAGGAGCUGCGGAUCAAGCUGACGGACAUCCAGAUCGAGCUGCAGCAGGAGAGGGGCAAGGUGUCCAAGCUGCGCGAGCGCCUCCAGGAGCAGCGGCAGGCGCGGGAGCUGGAGCAGCACAAGCACGCCGUGGCGCUGACCGACCUGCGCGCCAAGAUGCACGAGGAGAAGCUGCGCGAGCUGGCGUGCGGCCGCGAGGCCCUGGCCCGGCAGCACGAGGCGGAGCUGGCCCGCAGCAUCAAGAUCCGCGACGGCGAGCUGCAGCGCCUGCAGGGCCUGGUCACCGCCCUGCGGGACGGGGCGGCCGACAAGCUGAAGAGCGCCCUGCUGGGGGAGGCCAGGGAGGAGGCCCGGCGGGCCUUCGACGGGGAGAGGCUCAAACUGCAGCAGGAGGUGUUGGAGCAGAAGACUGCCAGGAAGCAGGCGGAGGAGGCUCUGGCCAACACGCUGCAGGCAGACAAGGCCAAAGCAGCCGAUCUCCGAACAGCCUACCAGCAGCACCAGGAUGAGGUGAACCGCAUCAAGCGAGACUGUGAGAGAGACAUCCGUCGCGUGAUGGACGAGUUGAAGGGGAAGGACCGCGUGGUGGCGGCCCUGGAGAGGGAGCUGGGCGCGCAGGCAGGCUACGCCCAGAAGCUGCAGCUCCAAAACCAGGCUCUGGAUGAGCAGCUGGGCCACGUCCGGGAGGCAGAGAAGCACCACGGCAGCCCCAAGAGAGAGGUGGCACCCCCCCUGGGGGACAGCCCCGAGCACCCCAACAACCAGGAGGUGGAAGAGAGGGAUAUGAGGAGGUUCCAGCUGAAGAUAGCCGAGCUGCACUCGGUCAUCAGGAAGCUGGAAGACCGGAACACCCUCCUGGCGGACGAGAGGAACGAGCUGGUUAAACGGGUGCGCGAGGCCGAGAGUCAGAUGAAGCCGCUGUUUGAGAAGAACAAGCGCAUGUCCAAGAAGAACGAGGACCUGCUCCAGACGCUGCAGCGCAUGGAGGAGAAGCUGAAGAACCUGAGCCGGCAGAACGCAGAGAUGAAGGAGAAGGUGCAGUCGCGCCCCCCCCCGCCUCCUCAAUCCCAGCAGAACCCUCUGAAGCGGCCCACCUCGCUGACGGACUUGAGCCACGCCCACGAGGAGCAGGAGGUGGAGUUCCUCAAGCUGCAGGUUGCCGAGCAACGGGGCCUCAUCGACGAGCUCACGCAGGAACGGGACAGACUGCUGAUCAACAAGAAGAACAGGAGGAAAAAUGUGAAAAUGCCCAAAAGGCAUGUUGUGGAGACAUAUUUUGGAUUUGACGAGGAGUCGGUGGAUUCUGAGACGUCCUCGCUGACCUCCUACAACACUGACCUCACAGACCGCACCCCUGCUACCCCUGAGGAGGACCUGGAAGACGGUGUGUCUCGCGAGGAGGCGGAGCUUCGUUUCCGUCAGCUGACCAGAGAGUACCAGGCGCUGCAGCGGGCGUACGCCCUCCUGCAGGAACAGACCGGGGGCUCGCUGGACGCGGAGCGGGAGGCCAGGACGCGGGAGCAGCUGCAGGCGGAUCUGAUUGGCUGCCAGGCCAAGAUCUCCGACCUGGAGAAAGCCCUGGCCGAGAGGGGGCAGGACUCCAAAUGGGUGGAGGAGAAGCAGUAUCUCAUCAGGACCAAUCAGGAGCUCCAUGAGAAGAUGUGUGUGUUGCAGCAGGGAGAGUCCAAACUGCAGGCUGAGGUUCAGGAUGCCCGGGACCAGAACGAGCUGCUGGAGUUCCGGGUGUUGGAGCUGGAAGAGAGGGAGCGCAGGUCCCCAGGCCUGAGCCUCCACAUGUCAGCAGCCUUCCCAGAGAACAGCAGCAGCGCCCUGCAGGUCUACUGUCACCAGGAGGGCGUCAAGGACGUGAUCAUUCCCGAGCUGAUGAAGACUGACAUCCUGGGAGACAACGGGAAUCUUCGUAACGAGGAGCAGGUGGUGGUGAUCCAGGCGGGCACGGUGCUGUCUCUGUGUGAGAAGUGGCUGAAGCAGAUUGACACCACUGAAGCAGCCCUGACCCAGAAGAUGAUUGACCUGGAGAAUGACAAGGACCUGUUCAGUAAGCAGAAGGGCUUCCUGGAGGAGGAACUAGACUACAGGAAGCAGGCUCUGGAUCAGGCCUACAUGAGGAUCGAGGAGCUGGAGGCCACCCUGUAUAGAGCUCUGCAGCAGGAGCCGGGGGCGGCGGUGGCGGAGUCCCUGUCAGACAGGCAGAGGGAGGAGCUGAGGCUAGCCGUGGAAAAGCUGCGGAGACAGAUACUCAGGCAGAGCCGCCAGUUUGACAGUCAGAUCCUGCAGGAGCGCAUGGAGCUCCUACAGCAGGCGUACCAGAGGAUCAGAGAGCUGGAAGACAGGAUUGAGACGCAGAAGAAACAAAUCAAGGACAUAGAGGAGAAGUUUUUGUUCCUGUUUCUGUUUUUCUCUCUAGCUUUUAUUCUCUGGCCUUAAUGAAGCAGCAUACGGAACAACAUCAGGUGCCAAGGUGCUCAGGUGGAGAAACGAGGAUGAAUCACAACAUAUUCAUUUUUUUUAUAGACUGCUCACUAAACCUUAUGGCCUUUUUGAUAAAUGUGCACUUUGAUAAACCAAACCGCCAUCUUGGAAUGCAAAAUAAAACACAGGACUUUUCAUGAGAAGGGGAAACAUUUCACAGACUUUGUGAGUGACAGAUGCAGUAAAUUGUGUGUGGGUUUUUUUAUGGAGGAGAUCUACCUUGUGGGUUAUUUGUUCGUGGAGCCUUGAGCCUAACGACCUCCGAACGGGGAAUGUGUUGAGACAACCUCGAACUUUGUUGUGUCGUAAGGAGCAGAACCCAGUGGAACACAACCAGAGGGGCCUCAAACUCAGGAGAACACAGAGCCGGGCAAGGAACCAGUGCAAUCAUGGAGGGAGAGG